AUAAUGAACGGGAGCGUUAGUGAAUGCUGGAGGUUGCCAUAGCGCCGCAUCACUUAAUCUGCCUCCAUACAUACCGCGCCUCCUCACUGCAGUACUGCGCGAGAGCCGCGUAUCACACACCUCACAAUGAACUAGUUGUUUCCCUUCAGCCGCAACACGAAUGGAAUAACUUAAGGCUUCACUUUCGCCUUUAAAAAAGAAAAGCAGAAUCAACGCGUUUUUCUUGAGCUGCAGAGUUCAGUUUCUUCUUCAAAACCAGCUAUUGUAUCUCCAGCUGAUUCUCUGAUUGUAGCAUAGCCAGGCCUCAAACUGACUGACAUCAGCAUGGGCAUUGAGAGUCAGGGCCCCACGCGCCCUGCAGGAAACCUGACGCCAAAGCAGGUCGAGACUUUUCAGAAGGUGGAGCCGAAAGCACUGGGCUCCAUUCAGAUCAUCAUUGCAGUCUUGUGCUUGUGUCUGAGCAUCACCAUUCUUCAGCUCUAUGAAGAGGUUCACUUCUCUCCUGAUGUCAUUGUUGUGGUAGUGAUUGUUGUUCAGUUGCUUGUGUCUGGAUCCAUUUUAAUCCAUGCUGGACGGUUCCUGUCUCUGUUCUGGGUGAAAGCCACACUGGUUGCUCACCUGGUCAGUGCAGCGUUUUCCACUGCUGUUCUUGGGCUGCUGUCCCGUCACCUGCCUUACCGUCAGGACACGUACCACUGUGAGCACUGCAGGAGACUGGAGAUCUAUGCUGUGCAACAAUAUUGUUACAGGAAGUGCACUUAUACUGUCGAGAGAAAUUGUAAACUCUUAAUCGAUGGCUUCUUGGCCACACUGGUUCUGUUUCUGGUGGUGGAGCUGGUGAUCUGCAUUGUAACCAUCUUGUUUGGACUCAGUGGAUUGAGAGAGGAUGUUGAUUUUGAUAAUUGUAUGGCAGAGUCAGAAAUUAAUGGAAGCUAUUUCAUGCUUCCAAGUCCCAGUCCCAUCUAA